CUCCCUCGUCGCCCUGGACGACCUCCGGCGGAGUUGCGACCUCGCGCUCUGGAGGCAGACAUUUUCGUUCGCGACUGGAGGGAAGCUUCGCCUGCAUGCGAGGAGCUCCGUCGCUCUCUCGUGUGGGACGUCGUUCUCGCUGGCAGGUUGGCGAGUUUUUGCGGGUUUAAGCCGGUCAAACGCGAAGGUUUCUGUCGUUUCGGAGAGGAGAGGACGGCAAGCGUACGUGCGUUGCGUUCCUCUGUCUCUGGAGUUCCCUCGUGACGACAGAGUCCGUUGAGUGAAGAAAAAAAAACUGACGAAGGCGUCUCCUGCGAGUGCCCAAGAGGAAUCUGCACCUCUUCCAGGUCUUGGUGUUCUUCGUUUCUAUGUUUCUCUCCCCUUUCCGACCAAGUCCUCCUCAGUGAAUCACGGCCGCGGAGGCAGCUGGAUGUCUGUCGCGAACCCUCAGCUUCUGUCUUGCCUCUCUCGAGUGCUCCAACGGGUCUUUGGACGAACCGGAUGUCUCAUCUGUGUCCUGCUCCUCUUCUGCGGCCCCAACGACUGGUUAACGAGACUCGGUGAAUAAGAGACAUCCUUGUCCUGCACCUCCUCGUCUUCCUCUGGCCUGUCAUCUUCGGCUUUUUUCAGUCUCCAUUCCUCUCCUCCUCGCCGUCCCCCUUCUCCGAGUUUCAUCGUCAAGGUCCUGGUUCUUUUUGUCCAUCACGCCGGCUCGCCUUCUUUCCCUCUCGCUCUCUUGUCUGUCUUCUUCGCCUCGCGUUGUCUUCUCCGGGGCCUCUCUGUGCGGCGGCGUUUCUUUGCCCGUAGCCUCCGCGUUUCUUCUGUUGCGUUUUUGCUCGCUGCUGCUCGUCUUCUGUCGAACCCAUGGCUUCUCGCGGGGGGACCCUCUGGCACCUGAAAGAGGUAGUCAUUCAGUACAGCGCAUCUGGAAACUCGAGUCAGGGUCUGCGUUUCUUCUUCCGACAUCUGCUCCAUCGCUGGAAGCAACGGAAUCCGCAAGUUCAGGUACACACAGUCGAGAAUAAAUACGAGGCGCCGAAAGCAACUUUCAAGUACCUCGGAGAACGAACUGACAGCCGGUGCGAGACGCCGUUGAAGGAUUUGUCGCCUGGACAGAUCGAGCAAAUACUCGAUCUUCACCGAAACAGCAAAGGAGACAACCGCUUUCUCAAGCACGGCGGACCCCGGACAUGGACAGAAAGAAGAAGCAUUCAGGGUUUGUGGCGACCGAGUUUGCCAUCGCAGCUCAUUGCGCUCAAGUGGUUUCGGCGGAAGCGCCCGCCGAUGCGUCUUCCGAAAUACUCUCCUCUUUCGCUGUCUCUGUCCAUCCAAGCGAUUCGCGGACAUGGGCGCUGGGGCUCGGAGCGCGAAUUUCCUCGAGGCUGGGACCAGCUGCAUUUGAAGGACAUUCUGGGCAGUCCGCUGAGGUCGGAGGAACCGGCUGAGAAAGAAGGUGGCGAGGCACGGGAGGCGUAGACUGAGAACUGCAUGCGAGAGACGCCGCGAAGAUUGGAAAAUAUAGCGGAAACAGAAGAACCAACAAACACACGCGGAUCGAGAGGCGUGAAGGACUGAGGGGGGCAUGCGCCGCAGGGAAAGCGACAGGAACAGAGGGCCUCGGGAGUGUCGCGUUUUGCGAGUCGGGUUCAGAGCGAGAUUGAAUGGGAGUGCGCGAGUGUACAGAGAGGACAAUGGACAGAGCGAGGCGAAGCGCGCGACAAGAGAUAGAGCUCUGUGCCGUACAGAAGCAAGGAACAUCAGGGAGGGCAGGUGUAGUCCACUUGACAGUGACAGUUCAGAUCAGCGACGAAACACAGGGAGAACGCUCAAGAGACUUCACAAAAGAGGAACGAGUGAGUGGCAUACACCGCCAUGCUGAGAAAUGUGUCAUUCAGAAGAAACAAAUGGUGCGAGUACUUCCUGAAAAAGAAACAAGAGCCGCGCGUCAUAGGCUGAAGAAGCGGCGAGGAGAACUCCGAAACGCGAGAAGUUGUUUUUUUUCCAAGGCCGCGUGAGCCACAGUUUCCAGGGAAAGGCAGAAUCAGCAAUUUAUCCGUUCAGAUCUCCACACACGUAUAUAUAUAUAUAUAUAUAUAUAUAUAUAUAUAUAUAUAUAUAUAUAUAUGUAUACGUGUGUAGAUUGUGUAUAUGUGUCUAUGAAGGUGCAUUAGGUAUAUUGUGUUGAAUCGACCUGCUUCAAUGAAAAUGUGUUUUCCGCGUCUCAGAGGCGUGAGGCGAGGUGGCUAGAUUUCGUUCUUCCGCCGAGACAGAAGAGGAGGUUCGUGGUAGUCACAAGAAGGAACCGUGUGGCGAGAGCGGUCCGUUUUCAACGCUUGGUCCAGCCCGAGAAGGCAUGGCUCGUUGAGAGAGACGCCAAAGGCAGUGAGGAAGGGAGAUGCCCCCCCGAGAGAGCAGAGAGCAGCUCGAGAAACAGUGUUGAGGAAA